UCGCGGUGGGCUGGGAAGUUGGGUGCGUAUUCCGUCCAAGUUAGUAACGGCCAACUGUCCUAGUGAGAACUUCAUUAGUAGUGUUUUUAGGGGACCAGGUGGGCGGAGAGCUUCUCUUACAGAGCAAUGUACUGAAGAAAAAGAAGAAGAAAAAGUUUCAUAGACGAACCAUGAAGCCGAAACAAAUUGCGAUACUUUCCUUAAUUAUAAUUGAGGUUUUGUUGCUAUGCCGGCCCUGUCAGGCUCAGCAAAGGGGGUUGUUUCCUGCAGUUCUGAACCUGGCCAGUGGUGCUCUUAUCACCGUGAAUGCCACAUGUGGAGAAAGAGGUCCUGAGAUGUACUGCAAGAUGGUUGAGCAUGUCCCUGGGCAGCCAGUAAGGAAUCCCCAGUGCCGCCUCUGUGAGAUGUGCAGUUCAGCACCCAUCACAAGCCGCUGCCACCCUAUUACCAGUGCUAUUGAUGGGAAGAACACAUGGUGGCAGAGCCCAAGUAUUCAAAAUGGCAUGGAAUAUCACUAUGUGACCAUUACAUUAGACCUUAGGCAGGUUUUCCAGAUUGCGUAUGUCAUAGUGAAAGCGGCCAACUCACCCCGCCCUGGGAAUUGGAUUUUAGAGCGUUCACUUGAUGGUGUUACCUACAGCGCCUGGCAGUACUAUGCAGUCACUGACAGUGAAUGCAUUACUCGCUACAACAUUGUACCACAGAAAGGACCUCCAUCCUACAGGAAAGAUGAUGAAGUUAUUUGCACUUCCUAUUAUUCCAAAAUUCAUCCGCUGGAACAUGGAGAAAUUCAUACUUCACUAGUCAAUGGAAGACCCAGUGCAGAUGACCCUUCACCGGUUCUCUUGGAGUUUACCUCUGCCCGCUAUAUUCGCUUGCGUCUGCAGCGUAUAAGGACACUUAAUGCUGACUUAAUGACCCUGACAUACCAGGAUCCAAAUGACCUUGAUCCUAUUGUCACUCGACGGUAUUACUACUCAGUAAAGGACAUUUCUGUUGGUGGGAUGUGCAUCUGCUAUGGCCAUGCAAAAGCCUGCCCUACAGAUCCUGUGACAGGAAAAUCUACUUGUGAAUGUCAGCAUAACACAUGUGGAGAAAGCUGUGAUCGUUGCUGCCCAGGUUUUCAUCAGAAGCCAUGGCGGGCUGGGACUUUCUUAGUCAAAUAUGAAUGUGAACCUUGCAACUGUCACAGAAAAACCAAGGACUGCUAUUAUGAUGACGACAUUGCAAAAAGAAACUGGAGUCUGAAUAUCCAUGGAGUAUACAGUGGAGGUGGAGUAUGCACUAACUGUGCUAAUAAUACUGCUGGCAUCAACUGUGAGACCUGUAAAGAUGGUUUCUUCAGACCACAAGGGGUAUCACCUUUGGAAUCUGACCCAUGUCAGCCUUGUGACUGUGAUGCCAUUGGCAGCGAACACAAUACCUGCAUUAAGGAUGAGAAGCAUGCAAGAGGAGACCUUUUCCCUGGUUUCUGUAUUUGUCGACCUGGUUAUGCAGGAAGCAGAUGUGAUCAAUGUGCAUUUGGUUACACCAACUAUCCGAACUGCAUUCUGUGCAACUGUAGCCUCCAUGGAAGUAGAAACUUAAACCCCUGUGAAGAACCAUGCAUUUGCAAAGAGAAUGUUGAAGGAGAAAAGUGUGAGCAUUGCAAAAAAGGAUUCUUCAACAUACAGCGUGCAAAUCCCAAAGGUUGUGAAGAAUGCUUCUGUUCUGGUGUAUCUAAUCUAUGCACAGGAUCUUCCUGGACUUACAGUAAUAUCACAGGUAUGUCUGGUUGGUAUCUGACUGGGCUGUCUGAUUCGGCAUAUAUAUUUCCAAGGCAAGAUAGCUUUGAUGGACCACAGCAACUCAGCGUCAGCCACUCUGAAGCCAGGAGAGUGUUAUCAUCACCUUAUUACUGGAGUGCCCCUAGCCCCUAUUUGGGUAAUAAAGUAACAUCAUAUGGAGGAAAAUUGACCUUCACCGUCUCCUACGAUAUCAUCGAACUGGAAAGAUAUGUUGAAGCAAUGCCUCACAUAGACGUCAUUUUAGAGGGAAAUGGACUGAGAAUUAGCUCUGUGAAGAAACUGAUCCAGCUUCAGCCAUUCAGAGAGUACACUCAAGUUCUUUUAAUGGACCCCACAUUUUUCAUUCUAUCAGCAAGUCGUGAGCCUGUCAGCAAGAAGGACUUCAUGACAAUUCUGACAAAUGUGACCCGUUUGCUUAUUACAGCUACUUACAGCAAUGAGACGGAGGCCAUUUACAGGUUAAGCUCGGUGACCCUUGAUUUGGCUACUUCCUACUCAACAGGCCUCAGUAAAGCUACAGCAGUAGAGAUUUGUUAUUGCCCUCAUGGGUACAGUGGCACUUCCUGUGAGAAGAGAUUACAGGCUAUUACUUCUCCCAGCCAUGCAGCUGUCAGUAAACAGGAGGUGUGCCUGCCUGGGUACAGAAAAGUAAAUAGCACUCUGCCAAGUGGAAGAUGUGAGCGAUGUCAAUGCUUUGGCCAUGCGGACUCUUGCACUGACUUCACAGGAUGGUGCCAGAACUGCCAACACAAUACAACUGGUCCAUUCUGCAAUGAGUGUCUUCCUGGAUAUUAUGGAGAUCCUACACAACAGACUCCACAUGACUGUCAGCAGUGUGCUUGUCCUUUUACUUCGCCUUCUAACAACUUUAGUCCAACGUGCCACCUUGACCACAGUGGAGAGCUGAUAUGUGACCAAUGCCUUCCGGGAUAUGCAGGACCACGGUGUGACAGGUGUGCAGAAGGCUAUUAUGGAAACCCCAUGACUGAAGGAGGCUCAUGCCAGCCUUGCCAGUGCAACAACAACCUAGAUCUGUCUGUUCCUGGGAGCUGUGAUCCAAAGACAGGGGCAUGCUUGAUAUGUCGAGCUGGUACAGCAGGGGAUUUCUGUGAGCAGUGUGCUAAUGGCUACUUUGGAAAUGCAGUUGUAGAGAGAAACUGCAAACCUUGUCAUUGCCAUGUCAACGGCUCUUUAUCACACAUUUGCAAUCAACAAACAGGCCAGUGUGAGUGCCGAAGUAAUGUCACCGGAAGACGUUGUGAUGAAUGUUUGCCCAACUGCUGGUGGGAUCAUGAGAAACAAGUUUGUAUUCCAUGUAACUGCAGCCCUGUGGGCUCCAUGUCUCUUCGCUGUGACAUGCUGGGGAGAUGCCUUUGUAAGCCAGGAUUCACAGGUAAACGAUGCAGUCUCAGUAGGCAGUUCUUUGAAUACAGGGAGAUGCCACAGAGCACUCAGCAAGCACAAAUACAGAGGCCACGAUUGGGAGCAAGUAGGGCAACUGGGUCAAGAGGCUGCCCACGGGGUGCAUACAGACCUAUCACCUCACCUGGCCGAGGGCCUGGAACGUAUGGUGUACAAUCUUCUCGUGGCUGUGUCCCUUGUAACUGCAAUUCUUUUGGUUCUAAAUCAUUUGACUGUGAUGGUUAUGGACAGUGCACGUGCCAGCCAGGAGUGACAGGAAUUAAAUGUGAUCAUUGCGCAUUUGGCUUUUUUGACUUUCAGGAGGGUGGAUGCACACCAUGCAGCUGUGAACUUCUGGGCAAUAACUGUGAUCCAGAGACUGGUGUAUGCAUAUGCCCUCCCAAUACCAUUGGAGAGAAGUGUAACAAAUGUGCACCGAAUCACUGGGGACACGAUAUAGUUACUGGAUGUAAGCCAUGUGACUGCACACCAGAGGGAUCUUUAAGCACCCAGUGUAACCCAGAAACUGGCUGCUGCUUUUGUCGACCUGAGUUUGGUGGAGAUAAAUGCAAUGAGUGUAAGGCAGGAUAUCGAGACUACCCACAGUGCUCUCCAUGUUCCUGUGUGCAAUCUGGGGCAGAUCCUGAAUCCUGUGACCCUGUAACUGGAUUAUGUUCAUGUGCCAACCAAAUGGGGCAAUGCACCUGUAAGGUAAAUGUGGAAGGGCCUCAUUGUGACAGGUGUAAGCCUGGGACAUUUGGACUAAGUGCCGAGAAUCCACUUGGAUGCAGCAAUUGCUAUUGCUUUGGCCUAACCACACAGUGCAGCGAGGCAGUGGGAUUGAUCCGUAUGUGGUUGACUCUGAAACCUGAGCAGAUGGAAUUGUCCCUUGUGGAUCAGAUGAACCACCAUUCUACCUCCAGUGGUGUCUCAUUCCAGCAUCCAGAGAUUGUACUUAAUGUGGAUGCAGUCAUAAAGGACACUCUGACUGAGCCAUUUUACUGGAAACUUCCUCAACAGUUUGAGGGUUUGAAGCUGACUGCAUAUGGCGGCAAGAUAAAGUAUGCUAUUUACUUUGAAGCAAGGGAAGAGAUUGGACGCUCUACUUACGAGCCCCAAAUCAUCAUAAGAGGAGGCUCCAGAAAAGAGAAGGUCAUCGUACGUCAUAUGCCUGCUCCUCAGAUUGGUCAACUGACAAGACACGAGAUUGACGUGACUGAGCAUGGUUGGCGGUACUAUGGAUCCAUUGAUGGCAACCCUGUGACACGAGAAGAUUUCAUGACUGUACUUUAUGACAUUGACUACAUUCUUAUUAAAGCAUCAUAUGGAAAUGUCAUGAGACAGAGCAGAAUUUCUGAGAUCUCCAUGGAAGUAGCUGAAAUAGGAGAGACAUCCAUCAUAAGUGAACGCGCAAGACAGAUUGAGAAAUGUGAAUGCCUACCUGGUUACUCAGGAUUGUCAUGUCAGGAGUGUGUGCCUGGAUUGUACCGACUUCCUUCUUCAAGCAGUGAGCCAGGCCUGGGACGUUGUGUGCCUUGCCAGUGUCAUGGCCAUAGUGACACAUGUGACCGUGAUACAUCAGUGUGCCAGAACUGUCUUCACAACACUGCAGGAGAUCACUGUGAACGCUGUGCCCCUGGAUACUAUGGGAUAAUUACUGGAUCUCCAGAUGAUUGUCAGCCUUGUGCUUGCCCACUUCGUAUUGCUUCCAACAACUUUAGCCCAACAUGCAUCACUGAAGGACCUUCCAGCUACCGCUGCACAGCCUGCCCACGUGGAUAUGAAGGCCAGCACUGUGAAAGGUGUGCAGCAGGAUUUUAUGGUUCUCCUACAAUCCCUGGACGUUCUUGUCAAGAAUGUGAGUGUGAUUUUUAUGGGGCACUCCCUGCACCAUGUGACACAGUGACAGGACAGUGCCAGUGUAUACCAGGAGCCACUGGUCCACGCUGUGAUGGAUGCAUGCAUCGGCAUGUGCGUGAUGGCAUGAACUGCAUUUCAUGUGAUGAUGAGUGUACUGGAUUGCUCCUUAAUGACUUGGAUCAUCUCAAUCAAAUGGCAAUGAGUGUGAACCUGACUGGUCCUCUUCCUCUACCAUAUAAGACACUAUACAGAUUUGAAAACUUGACUCAAGAAUUGAAGCCUUUGCUGUCCCCUCACAGAGCACCCGGGAAACGUUUGCAGUUAGCAGAGAGCAAGUUGGGUGGGCUAAUUACAGAAAUGGAUGACUUGCUAAACAGGGCUAACAAAGUGUCUGCAGAUGGUGAACAGACCAGCAAGGAUGUUGACAGGGCAAACAAACGAGCCAACGACUUAGAAAAUCUGAUCAAGGAUGCAGCUCAGGAGUCUCAAGCUGUGAAAGACAAAGCAAGCAGCUUGAAUGCAAUAUUGACUGGUCAUGGGGCAGCCCCUGAGAAGAGCCUCCAAGAACUGCAGCACAUUGCUGAAAUGAUGAUGGCUGAAUUGCGGAGAAGAAAUCUGCACCCACACCAGAUGGCAGCUGACAAAGAGCUUGGAGCUGCUGAAGUCCUCUUACAAAGAGUAAAGAAAUUAUUUAGUGAUCCACAUGGGAAAAAUGAGGGUCUGAAAAAUAAGGUGCAAGACAUACUGUCUGACUAUAAAACUAAACUGGAUGACAUUGAAGAUAUGUUAAAAGAAGCUCGAGACAAAUCAAGAGAAGCAAAUGCAUUACUCAUGACCAAACAGCCUGAUAUAGCUGCCCUGGAGAAGAAAAAACAAGCAGUUGAUAAUGAUGCAAAAGCCACUAAAGCUGUCCUUGAAGAAGGAAAGCAAAUGCUGGUUGAAGUCAGUCAUCUAUUGAAUUGGAUUAAUGAUGACACAGAUAAUAUGGAAGCUAUCAAAGAUGAGAUUGAAGGUCUAUCUAAAGAACUGAAUGACAAGAUAAAUGGCCUAACAGAAACAAUGAAAGAGAAGCAACUUUUAGAGAAGGUGUCAGAAGCCGAAAGUCGUGCAGAUGUGCUAAAGGAGUCUUCAGAAAUCCUAGAUGGAAUUCUUGCAGAAGCCAAAAAUCUGUCUUUCAAUGCGACAGCAGCAUUCAGAGCAUACAGUAACAUAAAGGACUUCAUUGAAGAGGCUGGAAAGCUGGCAAAAGAAGCCAAGGCCCAGGCCAUGGAAGCAGCACAACUAGCAUCAGGACCACCAGCUCCUCUGAAGGAAACAGCAAAGGGCUCACUUCAGAAGAGCUUUCGAUUGCUAAGUGAGGCCAAAUUGUUGGCUAAUGAUGUAAAAGACAAUGAAGAACACUUGGAUGAUUUGCAAACCAGGUUAGGAAAUGCAGAUUCAAAGAAUAAGGAUCUUAUGAGAUCAAUAAACGACACCCUGAAGAUGCUGCACAGCAUUCCUAAUGAUACAGCUGUCAAACUGCAAGAGGUCAAAGAAAAGGCGAGACAGGCAAAUGACACUGCAAAUGGUGUGCUAGCAAAAAUCAAAGACCUUAAUCAGGAUCUACUUGGGCUGAAGAAUAACUACAGCAAGUUAGAAGAUGAUGUGAAGAAAGCCAGUGCUGCCACACGGGAUCCUACAAAAAACAAAAUCAUUGCAGAAGCAGACGCUAAAGUUAAAGACUUAGAAAAUGAAGCUGAUCGCUUACUGAAUAAGCUGCGUCCAAUCAAAGAACUUCAGGAUAACAUUGGAAGAAACAUUUCUCAGAUCAAGGAGAUGAUAAAUCAAGCCAGGAAGCAAGCCAACUCUAUCAAAGUCUCUGUAUCAUCUGGUGGUGACUGCAUUCGCACCUACAAACCAGAAAUCAAGAAGGGACGCUUAAACAAGAUCAUUCUGAAUGUGAAGACUGCUGUGCCUGACAACCUGCUCUUCUAUCUUGGAAGUAACAAGUUUACUGACUUCCUCGCCAUUGAGAUGAGGCAUGGAAAAGUGAACUUCCUCUGGGAUGUUGGCUCUGGGGUAGGACGAGUAGAAUAUCCAGACUUUACCAUCCAUGACCAGAACUGGCAUCGUAUAGAAGCCACAAGGUAUGAAAGAAACGGCACCAUUUCCGUGCAAGCUCUGGAGGGGCCUAAUGCUGGCAUGAUGCCAAAAGUGUAUAGUGCAUUAUCCCCAGAAACCUACACUGUCCUUGAUGUGGAUGCACAUGCUCUCCUCUUUGUUGGUGGAUUAACAGGGAAAGUAAAGAAAGCAGAUGCUGUGAAAACAGUUACCUUUACAGGCUGUAUGGGGGAAACCUACUUUGAUGACAAGCCUAUUGGAUUGUGGAAUUACAGAGAUAAACAAGGAGACUGUAAAGGCUGCAGCAUAAGUCCACAGCCUGCUGAUGUUGAGGGAACUGUGCAGUUUGAUGGAGAAGGCUAUGCUGCUGUCAGUCGCCCAACACGCUGGAACCCCAAUAUGUCCACAAUCAUGUUCAAAUUCAAGACAUUUUCUUCAGAUGGCCUCCUGAUGUACAUGGCCACUAAAGACCUGAAAGAUUUUAUGAGCAUUGAGUUGAGUGAUGGGCAUAUAAAAGUCAUUUAUGACCUAGGCUCGGGGACAGGAGAAGUCAUCAGCAGCAAAUCCCACAAUGAUGGAAAAUGGAAGUCAUUUACUCUGUCACGCAUUCAGAAUCUUGUCAACAUAUCCAUAGCAAAUCUGGAAACAAGCCAUGAAGAGAAAAUGAGUACCACCUCCAAAGGGCACAGCUCCGGCCUGAACCUGAAGGAUGAUGACAGAAUCUACUUUGGAGGCCUUUCAUCACUGGCAAACAUCAGUAUGAAAGCCAGGCCUGAGGUCAACUUGAGAAAAUAUGCAGGAUGCUUGAAAGACAUUGAGGUGUCUCGUUCUUCAUACAAUCUACUGAGUAGCCUGGACUAUGUAGGAAUAACCAAAGGAUGCUCCCUGGAGAAACUUCACAAAGUCAGCUUCCAAAAGCCAGGGUAUGUGGAGCUGAAGGCUGCACCCUUCAAUCCUGGCUCAAAGAUUACCCUUUCUUUCAGUACGAAGAAUGACUCAGGAAUAAUUUUACUUGGCACAGGAUCUUCCCCACCCAGAAGGAAACGACAAGCUGGACAGGCUUUCUAUGGCAUCUUCCUGAACAGUGGUCGACUUGAAGUUCUUAUGUCUACUGGUGCUGUGAAUCCUAGCAGAGUCACCCUGAAGCCUGAAGCUGGCAUUUUCCAUGAUGGGAAGGAGCACUCAAUCAGUAUUGAAAGAGCUGCCAGGAAAACCUUCAGUGUCAAAGUGGAUGAAGGGAAAAUGUUAACACAAACUCUACCAAAUGACCAACCAAUUAAUGUCAAAAAACUUUUUGUUGGAGGCAUUCCAUCUAAUUUCCAGGCUCUGAAUAUCCCAAAACUCCCCCCCUUUGAGGGGUGCAUUUGGAAUUUGGUAAUCGAUUCAAACACUGUCAACUUUGCUCAACAUGCAAAAUUUGAAAAUGCAGAACUUGGGUACUGCCCAGAAUCAGAGUCUGUAAGUGUCCCAGAGGAGGAAGAGGAAGAGGAAGAAGAUAAAACUGCUGUUACUGUAACAGAAGCUAGACCAGAGCUGUUCAUUACAACCACUAUUGAGCCACUGACACAUCCAUCUGAUUCGCUUGUAGCCGAAGUAAGAAGCGCCAGGUUUUCCAAUGACCUUGACUCCAUUCUGGGCCCAUGUGCAGGAGAUGUGUCACCAGCUGUGCUGCAUGAAGCUAAACAAUUUGGGCUUGCCAGGAACAGCCAUGUUACAAUUGAUUUUGAUGACACUAAAGUUAGACAAAGCACUGACAUUCAGUAUGAAGUCAGAACUGAGGCUGAUUCAGGACUGAUGUUCUACGUGGCAAGAAUCAAUCAUGCAGAUUUCAUAACUGUACAGCUGAAAGAUGGAAUGCCAUAUAUGGCUUAUGACUUAGGACAUGGCAACACAAGUACUCAUAUUCCAAAGAAAAUUAAUGAUGGACAAUGGCAUAAGAUCACAGCGCACAGGGAAGGGCAGCGUGGUGUGCUCACCGUCGAUGAUGAAACAGCUACCGCAACCAGUCCUCGUAAGGCAGACAUCUUAGAUGUUGUGGGAAAGCUUUAUAUUGGAGGAUUGCCAAUAAAUUAUACAACUAAGAGGAUUGGACCGGUAGUAUACAGUAUUCAUGCAUGUAUACGGAACUUCAAGCUAAUGGGUGUUCUACUUGAUAUGGAUAAACCAUCUUCCAGCUACAGAGUUGGGAACUGUUUCACAAAUCCUGAGAAGGGAACUUACUUUGAUGGAACAGGGUUUGCCAAAGCAGUUGGAGGGUUCAACAUUGGCAUGAAUGCAACAGUAGAGUUUGAAUUCCGUACAUCUCAGUGGAGUGGUGUUUUCCUAGGAGUGAGUGGACAGAAGAUGAAAGGGAUGGGUAUUGAAAUGAUUAAUGGAGAGAUCCUGUUUAAUGCAGACAAUGGUGCAGGCGUGUUUUCAGCUGUCUAUAUGCCCGAGGCUCCAGGAAGUCUUUGUGAUGGGCAGUGGCACAAGGUUGUGGCAAGAAAAGCUAAAGCAACAUUGGAGCUUACAGUGGAUGGAAAUAAGGUUGAGGGGAGAAGUUUGAGAACUGAUUUAGCCUCAGCAGACACCAAUGAUCCUGUUUUUGUGGGAGGUUACCCUGAUGACUCGAAACAGGUUGGUCUGACUAGCAAGACACGUUUCAAGGGAUGCAUAAAGAAUCUCAAGUUAAUAAAAGGCAGUAGAACACAAGAGAUUGACUUCCGCAGAGCAUUGGAGCUGAUUGGAGUUCAACCACUGACAUGUCCUGCACAAUAAAAUAAGAAGCAUUCAUGCAUUGUUGUUGCUUAUAAAACUGUAGUCUCAUAAAACAAUAGGUUAAUUUGUGUGGCAAAAUAUAAAUGGGUUAUAACAAAUGCAGUUAUGCUCCAAUUUUUGAAGAACAGCUAAUCUGUGUGGCAAAAUAAAUAUGACUGGAUUUUCAAACAUA